UCAUUUCUAUCAGCACUUGCUUUUUUCAAACAAAAACAUUUUUCCCGUAUUACUUAAAGCCUUCAUUGUAUAGUUUCCUGUUCUCUUACAAGCUGACUGAAAAAACUUUCCAACUGUUGUCGCUUGUUAUCACAUUGCUAAAAAUGUAAAUAAAAAUUAAAUUGAAUAGAUAAGACAAAUCAAUAUGCAUGCCCUAUAGAUGCUCCUGAAAAUAUGUUUAGAGAACUUCCCAUGAAAUUUCCCUGCGCAAUUUAAUGUUUUAUGUCUCCUUCAGACACUUGGAGAACACAAAGCAGGGAUGUCCUGCUUAAUGAAGCCGAACGGUUUUUCCUCAGUUAUGACACAGAUAUUGCGGAGAGCUCCGCGCCUGCCUCCAGGUUAUUGUCAUCGCUCUGUCAUCUCACAUUUUGUGUAAAACGUGCGUGCCCUUGUGUGUGUGGUGCGCGUGCACGUGUGGAGAGAGCAGUGAGCUGUUGGCGCCCGCGCGCGCGCAACCCCUUCCUCCAACAGCGCCUGUGCACGAGUGUCCGCAUAGCCGCCGCCGCCGCCACCGCCGCUUCUGCUCUCCGAGCGCGCAGAGCCAUCGCCAAACUUUGAUAAGCUGAAACCUUCAAGCAAAGAAGGAAAUCAUAUUUUUAUUUUUUUUUUCUUAGAGUACGGAGUCCCCCGCUAAUUUUGUGUGACAAAGUUUGAGAAUACGAUCUGGAUAUGGAAAACACACCAGUUGAAAUUUUUAAAGAAGAGAACAAGUGCCUGCCCGGGUUGCUGGAGGACUGUCCGGUGAAUUCCUCGGUUUGGAUGUCCGGAGACAGCCGCAAUGUGACCCGCGAUGAUGAGAGCUGGGAGCAGGAGAGCAUGUCCCCCAUCAUCCCCAUCAUCACCGCGGUGUACUCUGUGGUGUUCGUGGUCGGCUUGCUGGGCAACUGCCUCGUCAUGUAUGUGAUCAUCAGAUACACAAAGAUGAAGACAGCCACCAACAUCUACAUCUUCAACUUGGCGCUCGCAGACGCUCUCGUCACCACCACCAUGCCCUUCCAGAGCACCGACUACCUUCUGAACACCUGGCCGUUUGGGGAGGUGGUGUGCAAGGUCUUCAUCUCCAUCGACUACUAUAACAUGUUCACCAGCAUCUUCACUCUCACCAUGAUGAGCGUGGACCGGUACGUGGCGGUGUGCCACCCCGUUAAAGCCCUGGACUUCCGCACGCCCAUCAAAGCCAAGAUGAUCAACGUCUGCAUCUGGAUCCUGUCCUCGGCUGCAGGGAUACCGGCUUUUGUUCUGGGGGGAACUCAGACAAACAGCGACAUCACUGAAUGUGCCUUACAGUUCCCGGAGCCGUACGCCUACUGGGACACGAUGAUGAAGAUCUGUGUGUUUGUGUUUGCCUUCGUCGUGCCUGUGCUCAUCAUCACCGUCUGCUACACCCUCAUGGUCCUGAGACUGAAGAGCGUCCGGAUGCUGUCCGGCUCACGGGAGAAGGACCGCAACCUGCGGCGCAUCACGCGGCUGGUGGUGGUGGUGGUCGCCGUGUUCGUGGUCUGCUGGACGCCCAUCCACAUCUUCAUCCUGGUCAAGGCGCUUGUGAGCGUACCCGAGACCACCGCCAUCAUGGCGGCGUAUUUCUUCUGCGUGGCCCUGGGCUACACCAACAGCAGCCUCAACCCCAUCCUCUACGCCUUCCUGGACGAGAACUUCAAGCGCUGCUUCAAGGACUUCUGCCUGUCAGCCAAACUGAAGGGGGACAGGGCGUCCGGCAGCAAGAAGGUCCCCAGCACGGUCCGGGCCGCCGCUGUUCCCCUGGAGAACCCAGACGGGACUAAUAAGCCCACCUGACUAGCGGUGGAGCUGUCUUCAAUUUCCCACAUUGGAAAAGAAGACUCGCACGACCUGGGCUUAACGCACAUCACUUCAGUGAUGUAGACUUACUCCUCUGUGAAAGCUGAUCCGCCUCUUGUUUUUAGAAACACCAUAAGGCAGAGCCAAGCUGCCAAGAUAGAUCAAAAUCUUUCACCACAUGAAAGUCAUCUGUUUGGCAAUUUCAUCCUCUUUGGUCUUAAGAUCUUGAAGUUAAUGUCUGAAUUUACAGGUGGAUUCAAAGAAGACAGAUAAAAAGUGGAUGAAAGUCAUCUGUAAGGAGGAUACAGAGGAGCACUAGCUAUGUUUAUGAAUUUGCUGGCCCUUCCUCUCUCUCCCAACAGCCUUACAUGUCUAAGAGUUUUUACAAAUGUCCAGUCAUUGUUGGAGAUGACAAACUUUAAGAUACCACAUUUAUUUAUUACAUAAUCUGAAUCUCCUUCAGUCACUCAUGGCGCAUUUUUUUAAAUAUAUUUUUUUAGUUUUUAUGCGUUAGCCAAAUAUCAUCUUUGGGGGCCACCAAAGGGGUCUCACUAAAAAAAAUUAAGAUAAAAAAACUAGAGACUCCUCUGGCAGUCUUUAGAAAAGCAUCUAAGAAAACUCACUCAUAGGUAUUUUUCAAUAUGUUUGCAUAAUAUCAAAGAGUUGGUGAAUAUAUUUAUAAGGUUAAACGCAUAUAUUAAAUAGAUUCACUGAACAUUAAACACAUGUUUAAUGGUUAUGACUUAAAGUCAGUGACAACCCAAAUUUCAACUUUUCUCUUUGUAUAAUGUUUCUUGAGAAUGGUUAGAAAUAAUGCUUAAUCCAGAAAUCUGAUAUUAUGGUCAUUUAUUAUUCAUAUAUUGAUUAAUUACACACAGACCUGUUCCGGGUGUUAUUUCAGUUUGUUUUGUUAAAGCAAAUGGAAACCCAACUUUAUUUUUAUUGCCAAAUCAGAAAAUUAUAAUGGUAAUUUGAUGGCCUGCAUAAUCAUGAGGAAGACUGCUCACUCGGACAGAAGGGUAAGCCAAAAAACCUCAUUUCUAAUAAACUCAUCUGAGACAUAAACGAAAAGCUGAGCGGAAGGAAAAAGUGCGUUAGAGCAAGAUUCCCAUGUGACAGAGAUAACCGCAGCCCCAGCCUGUGGUGAAAGAGCCUUCACACACAGACGCAUUCAGGACAUGAACUUCCACUUUCACCUUUUUUUGUGUGAACAAACCCCUGAACCAGAAAAGUCUCCACUUGAAGCCUGAGUUGCUGGACUUUAAUCUGCCUGGACUUUGUGUCUCUCCUCCUCCAAACUCUUGAGACCUCGAUUUCCAAAUGAAUUGCAAAAUUUACUUUCAUCUAAGAAGAGGACUUGGACUACUGAGCAAUAGUCCUGCUUUCAACAGUUCAUGCUCUGAUACUUCUGUGCGUGGAAGCGCUUGAAUCUACCUCAACACUGCAGUUAUUCGUCUACCUUGCUCUCCUCCAGUUUUUCUUCCACUCAAUUUUCCAUUAAUACGCUUUCAUACAGGGCUGCACAGUGGCGCAGUUGGUAGAGCUGU